UACUAGUUAUAACUAUUCAUAGUUUCAGAUUGUUUUGGUACACCUGGUUCCCUGUUUACAUACAGCAUCAACUUCUACCUCUAUAAAGGCUACCUUACUCUUCGUAAUCACUGAAGUUCCUGAAGUUGAAAGAAACAUUGUAUCCAACGAAGACAUUUGGUGGAUUUUUUUAUACGGGGACUUCAGUUAUCCGUUGAAACUUAAAUCCUUGAGGAAAAUUGUUUGUUUUUAUCAUUAUUCGUUCACACUGUUUUGUGGAGAAUGUGGUAUUUCUUAUGAAGAUUUAUAUGAAUAUAUAAUGUGAGUAGUUGGUAAGCUGUGACAGAAUCCCCAAACUGGUGCUGUCGACGUGGUAUAACACACUUGAGAUCCAUGCACGUCUUCUUGUAUCAUUAGUACUAUCACUUUUAUUGCAUCAACCAUUUCUUAUUAUAACUAGCCGACAGAAGUGUUUAUAUGUGGCAUUACUGUAGUCUACUUGGUACAUCAUAGAACUAGCUUUUCGUUUUCGAUCAUUAUUCGGAGAUAAUUUCCUUCUUUGGUUACUUACCAUUUGAGUUUUAAAUAUCCCUGUUACUUAGAUAGUCACCAAAUCGGUGCUGGACAUAAUUUAUUGGGAAAAAAAUAAGAAAAAAAACGGUCGACUAUUCGAAAUGUCGCCUUCUUCGGUGCCUUACGCGAACGGUGACCACGCAAAUGACACAAAUGGAAAUAACCCACAUAGAGGAACUAUCUUAGUCACCGGAGGAGCUGGCUUCAUUGGAUCUCACACAGUGUUGGAGCUACUGAACAAGGGAUUCGAGGUUGUAGUGGUCGACAAUUGCAUCAAUGCCUACAAAGCAGAAGAUGCUGACUUACCUGAGUGUCUUAAGAGGGUUCAAGAAUUGACGGGGAAGAUAGUGACCUUCUACUUGGUGGACCUUAGAGAUCUCGAAAAAACCAGAGAAAUAUUUUCAAAGCACAGUUUCCUGUGUGUCAUCCAUUUUGCUGGUCUGAAAGCAGUCAACGAGAGUGUCCAGUUCCCUCUCAUGUACUACCAGCACAACCUCAUCGGAUCAAUGAACAUUCUACAGUGCAUGGUUGAGUUCAAGAUCAACGACAUGAUCUUCUCCUCGAGUGCCACAGUCUACGGUAGUCCCCAUUUCCUGCCCCUGACUGAGUCGCAUCCAGUGGGGGACUGCACGAAUGCAUAUGGGAAGAGCAAAUAUUUCAUCGAACAGUUUCUACAAGACCAUUGCGCCGCAAACCCCCACGUUAAUGCAGUCGUCCUGCGAUACUUCAACCCCAUCGGAGCACACGAGUCGGGCAGGCUAGGCGAGGAUCCUGCAGGCAUCCCAAACAACCUCAUGCCUUAUGUGGCCCAGGUCGCCUCCGGGAAACUGUCACAACUAAGUGUGUUCGGUAACGACUACGAGACGAGAGACGGGACUGGAGUGAGAGACUACAUACAUGUAGUGGACUUGGCUCUGGGUCACACGGCUGCCUUGGAGAAGAUGUUGGAGGGAUCUUUGAGCGGGUUGAAAACUUAUAAUUUGGGAACUGGUAAAGGCCACUCAGUGUUGGAAAUGGUAGCAGCGAUGAAGAAGGCAUCAGGAGUGGACAUCCCCUACGUCAUCAAAGCGAGGAGAGGGGGCGAUGUGGGUGAGGUGUACGCCGACUGCACCCUCGCAGCCACAGAUCUCAACUGGCAUGCCACCAGGGACCUAGAGACCAUGUGUCGCGAUCUGUGGAACUGGCAGAGUCAGAACAAGACGGGAUUUCAGCCAUCUUGAAAAAAUUUUAAUAAUGAGCACUCAACGUGUAAAAUGAAUAGAGCUGUAUAGUCAAAUCAAACGCAGUAAAUUUAAUUUAGUACUUGUGUUGUCUGGUGUCUUGUCUUAUUUAUUUCUGAUAUUUCCUGGAUUUAUCAAAAGAAACCAAGAAUAAAAUUUUUAUUUUAAAUGAGGUUUAUUCGUUAGUCUAUAAAUAUCUUAUGUAUGUGGAAUAAUCUAUUGUAUAUGUAAAACCUUUUCUUGAACGAAAGCUUGCGCAGGGAAUACAUCUACUUUUCAACGUGCAGUAAUCCAAAUACUUCAAAAGGUUACAGGUAUCCAAAAAACAUUCUGAAUCAUCCGGAACCAGUGAGCCUAUGCGAAUUAAUCUGUAGAAAUAGCCAGAACGUGUUCAAAACUGUUUUGUCGUCGAUUUGUUUAUCAUUUGAAGUUUUGAGAAUUAAAUUAUGAGUAAAGUGAAAAUGGAAACGGUUCAAAAUAUGGAGCGUCUUAA